AUGGCCGGUCCGCUCACCGAGUUCGCGGUUGACAUGACCUGCGAGAGCUGCGUCGGUGCCGUCAAGGACGCGCUGCGAGAUCUGCCAGGCAUUGAACGGUAUGACAUCGAGUUGGAGGACAAGCGAGUGACCAUCACUGGCAAGACUCCCCCGUCGCAACUCUUGGCCGCAUUAAAGUCGACGGAGCGCCAGGUCCUCGUCCGUGGCUCGGGUGCGGUCGACCCUUCCCUCCCCCCACAGGCGGCUAUCUCGAUCCUCGAGUCGCCCAUCUCCGUUCCCACGACCAUAGCGAUGGCGCUUCCUGAGUCGACGAAGCGCGAGCUCUACGGCCUCCAGGACGACGAGUUCACGCAGAAGGUAUUCGGUAUCGCCCGCUUUGUUCAGAUUGCCCCGCGCUCCAUUCUCCUCGACCUGACUGUGCGCCUGCCACCGUCGCAGAACGCGUUCCGUGCGUACGUGUCCAAGACAGGUAACCUCGUCGACCCGCCUGCCACUACCAAGGGCGCGUUGGUGGACCUCGGGACAAUCACCCCCGACAAGGACGGGUACGGUGACUUGUUCAAGGAGGUGGACGGCGAGCUAUGGGAGUGGAUCGGGCGCGCGUGUGUCGUCGAGCAGGACGGCGUGGAGCAGAAGAAGGACGUGCCGGAGGGUACGCCCUCCUUCCCGGCGGGCAGUGUGUUUGCCGGUGUGGUUGCCCGCUCGGCUGGCACCUGGGGCAACGACAAGACGGUGUGCGCGUGCUCUGGGCGCACAAUGUGGGAGGAGGGCCGUGAGAUGGAGGGCCGGGCCAAGGGCAUGCUGUGA